CUCCUUGUUGUGUUCAGACUAGACUCCCAUUUUUAUCCUGAUCCUAUUUCUACUAAAUUUGUCCCCAGUCCCCAGGCACUCCUUCUUCUUCUUCUUCUUCUUCUUCUAGCUCCGUUUCUAGGGUUAUGUUUUCACUAAUAAAUCUCGCGCCUUUCCUGUAAUGAAUUCCUGUCCCAGACGGUCUGGAUGAUACUACCAUUGGAUUGGACAGAUUUGAUUUGAUUUGCCGAUUGCUCCUCGGGAAUUCCCCAAUGUAAUGUGAGAAUUUCUUUUUCUGUAGAUUUCGUUUUGUUUCAACAAUUGAAUUUUGGGCAAUAAUGGCGACUCAGUCUAACACGGGGUUUCACAACCACUACUACCACCCCCACCACCACCACCACCACCACCAUGCACAAGCGAUAUCCUUUGAAUCGGGCACUGGAUUAUCGGAGAUUAUUACUCCCCCUGUCCCCGGGAACUACUAUAAUCACCACCACCGUGCCAGCACCAGCAGCGCCUGCAGCCGCCAUGGGAUGCUCAUAAAUCCGAAUAUUGUAAAUGUGAGUAACAACAGCCUCAUGACGACGGCAGCUUCGCCGACAGCAGCUGGGAAUAUUGUGUAUUCGGGGGCUCCUCCUCCUCCGGGUGGGGCAGGAGGAGGCGGAGCCGUUAUUACCUCCUGCAGCAGCGGCAGCAAUGAUAAUAGUCCCGGAAAUUCGUUGGGGUCGCUUCUCCUGGAUACCGUGCCUGGCCUCAACCAUGAAGCAGGCUUGGCUGUUGAGUGGUCUGUGGAGGAGCAGUACAAGCUCGAGGAAGGACUUGUCAAAUUUGCUGAUGAGCCUAGUAUAAUGAAGUAUAUUAAGAUUGCAGCUGUGCUUGGAGACAAAACCGUACGGGAUGUUGCUUUGAGAUGUAGGUGGAUGAUGAGAAAACGAAGAAAACAGGAAGACCAUAAUCUUGGGAAGAAAGUCAAAGAUAGGAGGGAUAGGAUGGAAUCAUGCUUAAAAACUACUACUUCUGCUUCACCAAUGAACUUGGCUGCAUAUGCAGUUCCACUACAGCCUCAUGAUCAGAGUGAUUCUACAUCUCCAAUUUCAGCUUUAAUUGGCACAACCAGACAUCUCUUAGAAGAAAACAAUCAGGCUCUUGGUCGGGUUUCAACUAAUCUUGCCUCACUUGAGUUGCAGGAUAACAUUGAUCUCUUUCUUCGGAUAAGGAGUAAUUUAACUUCAAUUUUGAAUGACAUGAGGAAUAUGCCAGGAAUAAUGAGCCAAAUGCCACCACUUCCUGUAUUUAUUAAUGAGGAACUUGCAGGUUCUACUUUCUCAAGUUCAACUCAGUGCAUGAUGAUUGGCUCAUCAAGCGGGAUCCAUCUGAAGCAGGAGCCAGGAUGCUCAUGAUCAAGAACUUGGGAAUUGAGCUCAGAUAUAGCUGAUCUGUGCAAGUGCAGAUAUUCUGAAGCAGCUAGUGGGUCUGUCUGGCUUUCUUUAUACAUAUUUAUCGCCCCUUUUGGGUUCCCCAAUAAGCUUAUUUCUAGCGAUCAAUUUCGAAGCUAAAUGCUUCCCGUACUCGAUAUUCAGACCGGCACAAGAGAAAAAUAAGACGCAAGCUUAUAGGUGCUUUUUUUUUCUUUUUUUCUUUUUUUUUUUGAGGUAUGGGGCAUUGGGGUUGUGAGAAGCAUUAGGGAGCAGGAGCCUGUUCAGAAGAUAACGUGGAAGAUACAUGUCAAUUUAUCUAACUUGUCUGUAUAAAUUAUCUGAGCUAACAGCGACAAUUUGGAUCCCUGGUGCUGAUUUCAUGAUUUAUAGAUAGGUGCAUCGUUAUUACA